AUGCCACCACUGCGGCUGCCACAAAAUCGAUUAACAUGGAUCUGCAUAUCGUGUUGUGUCUUGUACUUGUUCACACUGGCAUGUGACCCAGUCCAUGGUGACUCCUCGUCUUUGGUUGGACAUGAUUUAGAAGUAGCUGCUUCCAAAUACCAUGAACACGAGCAUGACCACGACGACGAAGAGAAGGAAUGGGAAGAAGGUGAUGGUGAGGAAGAGCACGAGGAGCAUCAUUCGCAUAAGGGUGAGAAGGGAAAGAAGGGCGAAAAGAAGUCCGAACACCAUGCCAAGGGUGAGAAGGGUCACCAUGACAAGGAGGGCAAAAAAGGCGAACACGAGCAGGAAGAUGAAUACGAGAAAAAACACAAGAACGAAGGUGGUCACCAUAAGAAGCACAAAAAAGGCGACAAGGCGGAAAAAGGACACGAAUUCGAGGAACACGGAUCUUUCAAGAAGGGUCACUCCAUUAAGGGCAAACACCAUAUACACAAACUGAACGAGGACAAAAAAGAGAAGAAAUUCUACGACGAGGGCCACGAUGAAGGUUCAGAAGAGAAGCACGGUGCCCACAAGGAGGAAAAGAAACACAAAAAGGGCGGAAGCCACAAGAAGGGUCAUCACAAGAAAUCCCACCACGAAGACGACUACGGCAAGAAGGGCCACGCCAAGAAGGGCCACCACCAUCACGGCCACAAAGGACACAAGGCUGAGCACGAAGAAAAGAAGCACUGGGGCCACGAGGAAGAGCAUGGCAAAAAGGGUGGCGAUGAGUUCCAUAAGAAGAGCUCCCAUAAAAAAGGACAUCACGGAUAUUAAUAUGACUAUAGAAAUUGUGGGCGAGCGAGUUUCGAGGAAGGAUGAUGAUGGCGAUGGUCAGGAAGGAAGUCAAUGUGUUGUGUUCGUCGUCGUGGAAGUGGAAGUCGAAGGCGAAGUCGUAGUCGAAGCUGCCAGUGUACAAAUUCUAUAUUUUCCUACUUUGUAUGUUUAUUUUUUCCCCCUUUUAUUUUUUGGUUCUGUUCGUUUUGGGUAAAGUGGAUGUGUGUUCUUGUGAUGUUUGCUUGGAUUUUCCAAGUCCGUAAAUAAUAAUCUUGAUUCAGCUGCCAGGGGCUUUGUUAGACGUCCCCAACAGAGAAUGGAUCGUUUAUCUUUUUUUUUUCCUUGCAAAAAAGACACCAGGAACAGGGACAUGGACAUGGGUUUGGGUAUUGGCUGAAUUAUUUUAAUAAAGCUGCUCAAGGAAUUUAA